AUUCUUGUGUGGAUUAUUAUUUGCAAAUAAAAUAAUAGGUACACAAAUCUUAAAAAAAUUAGAAACACUAAACAGAGAAAAUGACUUCUAACAACGUACUAUACAUGAAAGGAAUGCAUUUGUCUGGAUCAGAGCAAGAAAUUGAUGAAGAAGAUGAAGAUAUUUGGGAUGAUAGGAAACUCAAUGAUGCCUAUGACAAGGCGCUUAAAAUGGCCAACGCAGAAGUGGCUAAGAGAAUAGCUAUGUCUACAAAUACACAGGGAAAAGACAAACAUGAUAAAAGUAAAAAUACCGCUACAAAGCAUUCAGAUAAGUCUUCCAAGAAGGAACUGACUCAGUGGAAAGCUGGUAUGCACUGCCGAGCUGUGUAUGACGAAGAUGGUAUAGAAUAUGAGGCCUUAUUGAUGAGAGUUAUAAACGAGAAGGAGUGUAUUGUAAGAUUUUUAGGAUACAACAACACCGAGAUAGUGGAAAUAAAUUCUCUCAAACCGUCCCUGGGUAAACUGGAGCGCACCAGACAGAUAGAAGACACGCUGUUGGAGAGAACAGAUGAUGCGUGCAGUGAGGUGUCGCAGUUGGAGAAAAUGGAGUGCAGCGAUAGAGCAUUCAGUGUUGCCAGUUCAGAGACAAUACAGAAGAAGAAAAAGUCUAGUAAAAAGAAAAAGUCAAAACAGAAAAACGUAAAUGGUUUCAACAUACCUAACUUACCUAUGCCAGAUCUGACACAACUCAAUAAUCUGGGCUCCCUCGAUAUGCCGAUACCACCGCCACCGCCGAUGCUGUAUGGGGACUCUGAAGACCAGGCCGUCUCCUCCAUGCUACUCAGCUGGUACAUGAGCGGCUACUAUACUGGACUAUACCAGGGGAUGAGGAGGGCAAAGUCUCAGAGGUAUCAAUGAAAAACCAAGGCGUUUUUGUAAUAAGUUUAUUUCGGACACAUAACUAAAAAUAAAGAAAUAUUAAUAAUAAAUUAAAUUUGCCUCCAGAAUUGUGUUUCUAUGUACAAAUAAUAUACAUUACUGCUAU